AACAUGGAACCCAGGAAUCACACAGAUGUCUCAGAAUUUCUUCUGCUAGGACUGACAGAUGAUCCAGAACUGCAGCCCUUCCUUUUCUGCCUGUUCCUGUCCAUGUACCUGGUCACUCUCCUGGGAAACCUGCUCAUCAUCCUGGCCGUCAGCUCCGACUCCCACCUCCACACCCCCAUGUACUUCUUCCUGGCCAACCUGUCCUUCACUGACAUCUGUUUAAGCACCACCACCAUCCCGAAGAUGCUGGUGAACAUCCAAGCACAGAAUCAGAGCAUCACCUACACAGGCUGCCUCACCCAGGUCUGCUUUGUCUUGACUUUUGCUUGUUUGGAAAAUUUUCUCCUUGCAGCAAUGGCCUAUGACCGCUAUGUGGCCAUCUGCCAUCCCCUGAGGUACACCGUCAUCAUGAACCCCCAACUCUGUGGACUGUUAAUUCUACUCUCUUUGUACAUCAGCAUCGUGGAUGCCCUCCUCCACAGUCUGAUGGUGUCGCAACUGUCCUUCUGCAUUGACUUGGAAAUCCCCCACUUCUUCUGCGAACUUGCGCAGGUCAUCAAGCUCGCCUGCUCUGACACCCUCACCAAUACCAUCUUGGCUAAUUUUAUGGCUAGUAUGUUGGGUGGUAUUUCUAUCUUUGGGAUCAUUUUCUCUUACACUAAAAUUCUCUCUUCUCUUUUGAGAAUGCCAUCAGCUGGCAGAAAAUAUAAAGCCUUUUCUACCUGUGGGUCUCAUCUCUUAGUUGUCUCCUUGUUCUAUGGGACAGGAUUGGGGGUGUACGUUAGUUCUGCUGUUACUGACUCUUCCAGAAACACUGCCGUGGCUUCGGUGAUGUACACUGUGGUUCCUCAGUUGAUGAACCCCUUUAUCUACAGUCUGCGGAACAGGGACAUGAAGGAAGCUUUGAGAAAAAUAAUCAGGUAG